AUGAGAAAACUUACACUUAACAACCACAACCAAAUAGACAUUCUUGGCCUGGGAACGUACGAGACAAAGUGCGAGGAGGCAGAUGUAGCUGUUAAAGCUGCAAUGGAGGCAGGGUACAGACUGUAUGACACAGCCCAAAUAUACAGAAACGAGAAACAAGUAAGCGAAGCAAUUGCAAAAACAGGAGUUGAAAGAAAGGAAGUAUUUAUAACCACGAAGGUAAGCACAGAAAAUCAAGGAUACGAGAAUGCCCUAGCAUCUGUGCGCAAGAGCCUUAAGGUUAUGGAGCAGAGCUACAUCGAUCUUGUUCUGAUCCACUGGCCUGGCGCGAAGGGAGUAGACCUCCAGAGCAAAAAAAACAAAGAGCUCAGACACGGAACAUACAGAGCUCUUUUGGAGCUGCAGGAAGAAGGAGCUGUGCGCAAUAUUGGUGUGAGCAACUUCAUGCAGAGCCAUUUGAGAGAUCUUUUCGAAGAGUUCGACAAAAAGCCACAGGUAAACCAGAUAGAGCUUUCGCCUCUGUGCUACCCUAAAGACGUAGUUGAGUACUGCCAAGAUAACAGCAUAGUUGUUCAGUCGUACUCUACUCUUGGCCGCGGUCUCCUUCUGUCCGAUGAAUAUUUAAAGAGAUUCCCAGCUCUUGCAGGCAUGAAAGAAAAAGGAUCACUUGCAAACCAGAUCCUGAAGUGGUCCAUGAACAAAGACUGCUGUGUGAUACCAAAGAGUGUGCACCCUGCAAGAAUUAUUGAGAACUUCAAGGCACUUGAUCAGAGUAUAGACCCCGAGGACGAAGAGUUUCUUGACCACUUCCCUGUCCAAGAAAGAACCUGCUGGGAUCCCAACACCAUUGCGUAA